GAUGUCUAUCGCGCCGGAAGAGAAGAAGGUCCUUUUCCCAGCCAUCUUGUGGCUUCAUCUAGCGAAGUGUUCGCACCAAGCCUCAUAGAAUCGGAGGAAAAUCCUGCUGAAGGGGCGCCAUCAUGCCCGGACAGAUGCAAGAAGGUUUUGGCUGUGCCAUAACCAAUCGGUUCGACCAGUUAUUUGACGAUGAGUCGGAUCCCUUUGAGCUUCUGAAGCAAGCCGAAGUAAAGAAGAAGGAGGCUCCUGCUCCUGGUGCCGCCAAGACUCUAGCCCAGGCUGCCAAGCAGCAGAAAAAGGAGUCCCAAAAAGACAGAAAGGCCCCACUAUCCGAUAAGAAGGAGGAGACCCAGGCACCCGUCCCACCAAAGAAAGAUGGUGCCGGCAUGAGGAGAAUGGGCCGCAAGCCGGAGGGCGAUGGCUCCAGACCCCAGGGUGGCCAGGGAGAGGGGCGCCCCCCGACAGACAGGCGGCCUGUGGAUAGACGGCCCCCACGCCGCUUCGAGAGGCCUGCUGGUGACGCUGGCGAGAAGCCUGAGGGUGGCGAAUUCUCAGUGGAAAAACCCAUUGGUGAUAGGCCGAUGAGAGGGCGUGGCGGCGGCAGAGGAGGCCGUGGAGGAAGGGGACGUGGCAUGGGACGCAGCGAUGGCUUUGAUUCCAGAGGAAAACGUGAAUUUGAUAGACACAGUGGCAGUGACCGAUCUAGUCUGAAAGGUGAGGAGAAGCGUGGUGGAAGUGGAUCUCACAACUGGGGCACCGUCAAGGAUGAACUAAAUGAGCUUGACCAAUCAAACGUCACUGAAGAGAACCCUGAGGGAGAGGAACAUCCACCUGCUGACUCUGAGAACAAAAGGGAGAAUGAGGUUGAGGAAGUGAAGGAGGAAGGCCCCAAGGAGAUGACUCUGGAUGAAUGGAAGGCCAUGCAGGACAAGGAGCGGGCCAAGGUGGAGUUUAACAUCCGUAAGGUCAACCAGGGAGAUGAUUGGAACAAAGGAUUUGUGCUGCACAAGUCCAAGGCAGAGGAUAAGAAAAGCGAACUGAUUGACCCUGAGAUUGAUGAGUCUAAGUUGGAUGAUGCGCAUCACUUCAGGAAGCCAGCCAAUGACAUUACGUCCCAGCUGGAGAUCAACUUCGGAGACCUGGGUCGCCCAGGCCGUGGGCGCGGAGGGCCACGUGGUGGCCGGGGCGGCCGUGGCCGUGGGGCCGUUGGCGAUCGUGGUGGUGGUGCCGGCGGUGGUGCUGCUGCUGCAGCCGCCGCCGAGGCUACUAGGCCGGUCCGUGGAGGAAGGACUGACAAGUCAUCUGCGUCGGUGCCCAAUGUGGAUGACCCAGAAGCCUUCCCAGCCCUGGCUUAAGCCCCGGCUGUUGUCCCUCAGGCCUACAGGAGCCUCUUAAGCACCUCCAUUAUGAGGCUUGCAUGUUCCUGGAUCCUUCAGCAAAGUGAAAUGAUGGAGAAGAGUGUCAUUAUCUAUGGCACUUAAUGUGAGGACUGAGUUUUACCCAAUAAAAACAAAACGAAGAUGGAAAAAAAAAAACAGAAAUUAACACAAAAAAAAGAAAAAAAAGAAAAGGACUUCUUGCUACUCUGGAGCAACUUAUUGGUAGAGGUUUUGUACUUGGAAACAAAGUAGCAGGGAUGUUUUCAUACAGUAUUUUUUUCAGAGGUUAUGCAUUGUCCAUUGAUACAUUUUUGUAAUUGCUGCUUGAAAAUAUGCAUUUAGAAAUGUAAGCAUAAGAGUGUCUUCAGCUUGGUGUGAGCCAUUGCUUGGUCGCUUUGAAAUAGGCACUGUGGAGCUUUAACCCAAGCUCAUAGGCUCUGCCACACCAGGUAUUUCUGAUGAAGUUAGAGCUUCACUCAUUGAGAUUUACAGAUUUUUUUUUUCUUUAGCACUGGGGUAUUGUUUUAUAUUUUAUACAGGAGGUCUAUUCUUCUAUGAUCUUCGGCCUGUAAAUCUUAACUAUUUUCAUAAAUUCUGUCAGACUAUUUCACAUGGUGCAAAUAGAACACGAUCUUGAUCAAGGGAUGCUGUCUACAGGUGAAUGCAUUGAUGAAAUGGCGCCUAAAUAUGUAUUAAGGUUCAUUUAUACUGAAAUGUUCUAAAGGAGGAACAUUAGGUCAUUUUUGAGGAACACAUCGGUGAUUACUCUCCUAAAUUUGCAUUGAUCCUGAGACUUUUGUCAAGUGGAUAAAUUUAAAGUUGAAAGUUACUCCAUGUGUUCUGAUUUACUUGUAUUUGGGGUGCUAUAACACCAUCUUGUCUCUUCCUCCCUGAUAAUUUCAUCUUUUGAUUACUUGUUUUUGCUUUCACGAGCGAUACGGAGAGGAAGUGUCUUUACACAGUUGAGAUGUGGCUGUAGUCCGCUGGAAGCCCUCAGACCUUCUCCGACUGUUUACACUCCACUCGAGCAUCCUUCCACAGAUGUAAACUCGGCCCAGCUUCAGUUUGUUUCUGCAGUCUGUUCUGUGCUGAUAUUUUCCUCCACUGUUGACUUGCCCUGUAGCUUCCACAGUGGCACCACUGCAUAAUUGCUCUGAAAGAAAUACGGUCGUUCAUUGUGUGGAGCAACUGAAGUGCUCUACAAAUGUGUGAAUUCUAGCCCUGCUAUUAGAGACCUCUGUCGGUAAAUAAAGAUGGUCGAUAAAUCUUU